UAAACUAAUUAAUUUAUUUACUUACAUUUUAAAUUUCAACGGUUGCAGUAGUACAUCGUAAUUAAGUUUUUUCUUUCGAAAUUAUUUCAACAAAACUGAAGAUAGAAUGUCCUCAAGUUAUACUAUUGACUAGAAAAAAAGAAAUAUUUUCACCCUUGCACCGUGAAAGACUUUGAUCUCUAUGUCCACUUGCUUGUAAUUGAUUUGAUUUUUGAUUAAGAUUUUUCUAUCUCUUUUUACUCUGAAUGAUUUUCAACUUGAUCGCCUAGUAGAUUUUUUACUGAGGCAAAUAAAUAAAGGAACAAUGGAAGGCAAUGCUCCAGAAUCGCAACCACCACAACACAUGAAUAAUGGUGUUGGCCGACAAGCGAGAAGUCGCAAACGUAGCAGAGCUGAAGCUUGUUUAGGAAAAGAAAGUAGAAGAACUGAACCUUGCUUAGAAAAACAAAGUAGCGGAGCUGAGGCUUGCUUAGAAAGACAAAGUAGCGGAGCUGAGGCAUGCUUAGACAGUCAAAGUAGCAGAGCUGAGGCUUGCUUAGAAAGACAAAGUAGCAGAGCUGAGGCUCGCUUGGAAAGACGUCGUUCAGGUAGUCGUAACUCCACUCAUGCUAGAGAGAAAAAAACUCCAUAUGCAGAUAGACCUACUACUUCUGCAUUGUAUCGACCUGCUCCAUUUAGUGACGAACCUGAAGCCAUUGAUGCUAGAAAUCGUUGCGAUUAUUCUGUUAAAAUUACGAAAGAAAUGGCUAAAAGUAGCAAUGCUCCCAGACCAGUACGGGUAUAUGCUGAUGGGAUUUAUGAUUUGUUUCAUCAAGGUCAUGCAUGUCAACUUAUGCAAGCAAAGUGUGCAUUUCCAGAUGUUCAUCUUAUAGUCGGAGUUUGUAGUGAUUUCCUCACUCACCAGCAUAAAGGUAAAACAGUGAUGACUGAUGAAGAAAGGUAUGAGGCUGUACGUCAUUGUCGUUAUGUGGAUGAAGUUUAUCGUGAUGCACCGUGGGUGCUAGAUGAUAAGUUUUUAGAAGAUAACAAGAUUGAUUUUGUAGCACAUGACGAUCUGCCAUAUAACAUGGGAUCAGAGAAUGAUGAUGUAUAUAAAUUUAUUAAAGAAAAGGGCAUGUUUGUUGCUACGGAACGAACUGAAGGUGUCUCAACAUCAGAUUUGGUAGCACGAAUUGUUCGAGAUUAUGAUAUGUAUGUAAGGCGCAAUUUAGACCGAGGGUACAGUGCAAAAGAAAUGAAUGUUUCAUUUCUAAAUGAAAAGAAAUUUCUACUUCAGAACAAAAUGGACAAAAUUAAAGGAAAAUUUGAAGACAAACGGCAUGAAAUAAUACAUAAAUGGGAAGAAAAAUCCCGGGAAUUUAUAAAUAAUUUUCUUGAUCUCUUUGGCAAAGAUGGAAGAUUGAAUACCUUUUGGAAAGAAAGUAAAGGGAGACUAAGGCAGGCUCUAUCACCAGCGAGUACUCCACCAGGUAGUCCGAUGAGACGUCGAGCCAGGUCUGCUUCACCCCCAACCAAGUCUCGAAGAUUAGAUACAAUGUCUGUUCGAAAUGAAUCUUCUGCUGAUACAGAUUCAGACGACGAUUAUGCCUGGUUAAGGGGAACUGCUGAACUCUAACCAAAAAGCAAGACUCGCUAUCAGUUUAUUUUUCAUGUGUUUAUCAUUCAACAGUAACGUCAUCCGGAGGGGAGGAAAAACUAUGUUCCCCAUGUACCAUGGAUUGGAAAGAAAAAAAACAAGUUUUUGUAUUUAUUGUUAAUGGGCAUUGAUGUGGCAAAAAUGACCUACAAAUUAUUUAUUAGUUGCUACUGUAAUAUAAAGAUGUAUUAAAAUGUUUUAAAAUUAGUUCUAAUUUGUGUAAGGGUAGCCUUAUUUAUAAAAAUUUUGCAUUUUUUAGUUUUGUUCGAUUUAUGUGUGUUGAAAAUUGAAAUAGUAUUUUUAAUGUAUAGUUUUUCUUUUAAAAAUUAUUUAUUUUUAUUAAUAUAUAAAUUGAAAAUGAGCUUUACAGACAUAUUGUGCUACAUAUAGGACACAUUCUUAUUUAUGAAACACUAUUUUUUUUUAAUAUGCUACUUUUUGAAUUUUUUGAUAAUUGUUUGUAUUUAGUCUAUUAUAGUUAACGAAAUUUUUUUUCCUUAAAUAUUACUUUCUUAAAUAAAUAGAAAUCUUACAUUUUAUUCAUAUUUAUUCAAAAUUUAAACAGUAUUUUUAAUCCAUUUAAUUACAUUCUUAAUACAUUUAACUUUUAAUGCAUUUAUUUACUUUAAAUGAGAUUUAAUUAUUGGGUUAAAAAAGCACCUGUUAAUUUAUUCUAAGCAAAAAUUAUUUUUUGUGCAUAUUUAAAUUAUUAUUGAUUUAACAUUGUUUACUCCUUAUCUAUUUUUAAUUGUAUUAUAAAUAUAUUUUUUUUUAAACAUAAAAGCACUGAUUUCUUGACUUAUAAAUAAAGCCUCUGAUUUUUGGAUGAAGGUUUUUUUAAAAAAAUAUAUACAAAAUCAAGAUUAUAUUAAAUUAUGCAAUUAAAUUGAAAAUUUUAUAUACAAUUAAUUUUCUUACACAAGUAUUUAAAAUAUUAAAUAAAAUUAGUAUACUAUAUGAGCAAAAAUUAUCUUAAAUGCUUAUUUUUCUUUUUCUAAUAAAAAAAUCUAUGAAUUGUAAUUUUUUAAAAAUUAUACACAAAAUCAAAGUUGCAAUCAAAACAAACUAAAGACAUAAAGUAUUUAAUGAGAAAUUUAAAAAAACUGAUUUUACAUAAAACCACUAUUUUCUUGACCACUAAUUAAAACCUCUAAAUUUUGAGUGUAAGUUUUUUUUUAAAAUAAUGUAUACAAAAUCAAUAUACAAACAACUAAGGCAUCAAGUUGAGGAUUUUUUAUAAAAUCUAUUUCUGACGUGAAAUUUUAAUUUUUUGAAGGUUAUACAAUUAUUAUUUUUUUGCAGAUGUUUAAUUUUUAUAUUGAUUUUCGUUUGACUUAUCACCAGUACUUAAAGUAUUAACCAAAUUGUCUUUGAAAGCAAAGAAGUUUUUCAGUUUUCUAUUAAAUCCUUCAAAUUUUAUUGUUGACACUGUUUGUUUACAUAUAAUCAAUAUCACAAUCAAUCAAAAUAUUAAUUCAGAGACUUCUUCGUUAUCUAUUUUUUUAAUUAACUUUUCUUAGUAGCCACUUAGGGCUAAUUCUUUUCAGAAGAGUAUAAAAUUAUAAACUAAUAUUAUAAAUUAGUUGGCAUUGGGAACUAAGAAAUGCUAAUUUCUCAGCUUCAUAAAAUUUUGGCUAACAUCAAUUUUAUAACUAAUGACUAUAAAAUAAGUAUAAAUACUUAAUUUUUCAACAAGUAGCCUAUUAAUUGAGUUUUUUAGUGUUUAAAAUCUACUUUAUACUAUGUUAAACUAACAUAAGAAAGAAAAGGUUAUUGUAUUAUUUUUUCUGUUUAUAUGGUUAUUUAUAAUGAUAGAAAAAAUUGAGGCACUUUUUUAAUGGUAGCAGGUCAUAUUUUAAACCUUUGCAAACUAGGUUUCUUUUUGGUCUAAGUAUGUUUUGUAAAUAUUAAAGUUAACAGCCUACCAUUACUGAUUAGCUACAGUUGACAAAACAAAUUAUUUCUUUUUAUAAAAAUAGUUCAUACAAUUUUUUUUUCAAAUCUACAAAAUGUCAUUGUAUGUCUUUUUCCUAAUGUUUUGUAAUGUUAAUUUUUGUUCAGUCAUAAGUUAUAAAAAAUGUGUGUCUGGGUUUAGUUCUAUCAGAGAACUAAACCCAGUUAGUUCUCUGAUAGAACUUCAGUAAUCAGUUGAAUUUUUAAUACUUGCUAUAGGGAAUUUCUUUUUUCGAGUUUUUAAAUAUUUUUUUCCCAUGUGAUUGUAGAAAUUUUUUUUCUUUCUAAUAAUUUUUGUGAGUAGGUAUCAAUAUUAUACAAACUUAAAUAUAUUUCCAAAUAUUUUUAAGUUUGUAUAAUUUUCCUGUUUUUUUCCCUUUUAAUAACACUUUUCUAUGAAACUAGUACAUUUUUAGGCACUUAAAUUUUCAAUAUUAUUACAUACAUUCCUAAAUUUGUUUUGGAUUGUUCAAUUUAUUCGUUACACUUAUAGACCACAUUUCACUAAGAUUCAUUACAAACUUGUUUUCUGUUAUGAGGUAUGGUGCAAUUUAGUAAUUUAUUGCAAUUUGUUAAAAAAAAGUUAUUUGUUUUCAUAAAAAAAUAUGCAUAAUUAUAUAAGCUUUGCUUUUGUUUAAAUAAAAAUAACAUUUAUGUUACGGCAUAAUGAAUUUUGGUUAGCUUAAAGUUUAGUUUUAAGCAAUUUAUAGCCCAUUUAUGUUACAAACAGAAUGAACAAUAAUUCAAUUGAAAGGGUUUUAGUGUUUUUUCUAUUUGCAUUUUUGCUGUGCCAUUACAGUUUAAAGUACCAGUCUUAUUUUUUUGAAACAUGCUUAUAUGAGUUAUACAGAUUCAAGUUUAUUGUUAGAGCCAGUUGUAUUUAUAGUGUACAUAAAAUUAUUAAAUUCUCAAGCUGUUUGAUGUCCAUGAUUGCUUUCAAUUUCUAAAACAAUAAAACUAUUCUAUUGCA